UGUCUAUGGUACUUCGUUGUUUUGGUUUUUGUUGAUCACGGCCGGACGGUGAUUCAUUAAUUUUGAUUAGAUUUUUGUGACUUUUUUUUAGGUUGAAUUGAAACUGCUGAUAAUUUUUGCUGGAAAAAUAUGAUUUAUUUAGCAACAUAACUGUUUUUCCAGCCAUUAUUUUUUCAUUGUCGCGAUAAGAUGAGUGACUCAUGUGUGGAAACUCCAGAGGCACCUGCCUGGCUCUCAAAACUCGAAAGCCAAAGGGAAAAACUCAGUAAAGCUCGCCUGGGCCACGACAGCGGAGCUGGCGCUCCUUGCAACUCUUGUGGUUCAGGAUGUCCUGGUCUGGAUCUGCACUUCUGGAGGAAGGUGUGCAGAGCCUGUCAUUGCAGUAAAGAUGUCCAUGAUGUGCCUGAUGAUGACCUGUCGGGAUGGGCACAGUUUGAGUUACUGGGCACUGCCAAACCUAAGAAGGGAACAUUGCCGCUUAUCAAAAUUCGUGGUGUGACUGAUAAACCUGUCAAAGUAGACUGGGUGCCUCCAAAUGCUUCAACUGAAUUGGUGUCGGAGUACAUGUCGUGCCUGGGCGCGCUGGCGCCGGUGUCGGGGUCGGCGGCGGCGCGACGCCGACGCGCGCAGCUCCGCACGCAGCUGCCGCCGCACGACGUGGCGCCCGCCGCGCGACACCACGCCUCGCAGCAGGAGAAGUCCGAGCACACGGAAUACAUCACGCGUAUCAAAGAUCACGUCGUGGGGCAGGGUAACGUGGUAAGAGUGGGACCACUACAAAGUGGAGAAAUAUACACAGUGGAAAACAGCAAGACCCAUUCUGCGCCCAAAUCAUAUGCAUUGCCUUUGAAGAUAUCCAACGUUUCCCGAGGCGUGAAGUACAACAUUGUACCCAAGAAUGCCUCAGACAAAAAAUUGGUAUUAGAUGCUGAAGGAAAUAUUGUAAGCAGUGCUGCUAACUUGCCAGAUUAUAAAUCAAGUCCAAUACUCAGCCGUACCGUUAAAGAUAAACUUAAUGUUAUGCACAUAGAGUCUGAUAGGAUUAAGAGUGCUGUUGAACAUGGUCCAGUUUAUGAUAAAUUGUUUAAAAAUCUGGCCGAUCUAAACAUGCCAGUCACAAAUGAUGUAUAUUUACAACCAAUCAAGCUCUUCCGUGAUGAAUACAAUAAAAAUGCCCAGUUUAAAGAAGAGACAACUGAAUUUGUCGGCAAAACCCUGGGGGCCCAAAUUAUGCCAGAUGUGUGGGCGACCAGUAAUAACAACAUCAUGGGGACAGCUAAGUUAUUGGAGAGUAGAGUACAAAAGGGAACAAUAUUUGCCCCCAAUGGGGAAAUUUGGAGUUGGAAACAUGAGCCAACUACUCCAGAGCACAGUGGAACCAUAUGCUCUACUAAGAUAAAUCCACAGUAUUCAACCACUACAAAACCAAUAAACCAGGUAGAACCACAACAAACAGCUCCUUUGAGAGAAUAUCUUCGAAGUCAUUCUGAAGAUGAUCUUCCACCUCCACCGUUGCCAAAUUACAGCACAUACCCUGGAGCUGUUCCACCGACUGGGGCCAAUAACGAUUGGAGCAAGACUAAUCUUGACAACAACCAAACUCCAAUAAGUGAUCAUGGAUAUUUAGGAUCCUCUCAGGGCAACUACGAUCCCAUCAACCCUAUUAUCGACCAGCUAACUGACAUGAGUCUCAGCCCGGACGAAAUGGAGUUCAACAGAAAGCUUUACAACGAAGGAGUGGACUGUCAACGUUGCAACAAGCCGAUGUUCGCCGGCGAGGUGGCGGUGAAGGCGGAGCGCGCGGGGCAGGCGGCCAUCUGGCACCCGCAGUGCUUCACCUGCCACGAGUGCGGCGAGCUGCUGGCCGACCUCGUCUACUUCUUCUACAAGGGCGAGAUAUACUGCGCGAGAGAUCUGGCGAACGUGCUGGAGAUCCCGCGCUGCGCCGGCUGCGACGAGCUGAUCUUCACGCGGCCGUACACGGCGGCGGAGGGCCGCGCCUUCCACGUGCAGCACUUCUGCUGCUACCACUGCGACGCGGCGCUGGGCGGGCGCCAGUACGUGCCCGACGAGCGCUCGGGGCUGCCGGCGUGCCUGGCGUGCUACGAGCGCUUCCACGCCGAGCGCUGCCGCGCCUGCGCCGGGGUCAUCGGCCCCGGCCAGCAGGGCGUGUCCUGGGCGGCGCUGCACUGGCACGCCGGCUGCUUCGUGUGCUGCGGCCGCACUUGCGCCAAGAGUCUACUCAGCGGACGCUUCGUCGUCAAACAAGAGAUGCCCUUCUGCAGCGUGCCUUGCGUUCAGAGUAGGAUCAGUUAAAUGUGUCCUAAUAUUUCUAAUAAAAACCAUAUUUUUGAUAAAAUUGUUCCAAUUACUCUUAAGUAAACAUGAGUACUUUACAUAUUUGUAAGGCAUUCAAUAUUUACAUUGCAUUCCUAGAGGUUUACAUGUAUUAUUAGGAGUAUAAGUCACAAAAAUAUGAUAUUUACAUUUUAUAAAAAAAAGACUUCAACAUAAGGACAGGGACCAUAAAAAAAUAAUUUUGUUAAUAAAUAAUAAUAAUGUAUUAGUAAAUAAUGUUUUAACAUUAAUAUUUUAUUGAGGAAACUUUUGUAUUGUGCAAUUUAUUUUGAUAUUGGAAAUUUGCAAAUUAUUUUGAUAUUGGAUAGUAUUCAAUUUAUUGUGAUAAGGAAUGAUAUUUAUAUUGAAUUGUAAGACUAAGAUAAUCAUGUAUUCCUUGAUUUGAUUAUUUUCUUUAAUUAUGUGAUAUUGAUAGAUAUUAAAAUAUGUAUAAUCAUUGUCAUGUAGGUGCCAUUCCCUGUGCGAUUUUCUAAAAUAAAUAUAUUUGUCAAAACAAAA